AUGAAAAUAUAGUAAUUGCAAUAAGAGUUAGAAGUAUUUCGAAAAUAGCUAAAAUAAGAACUUCCAACAAUAAUAAAUAAGGUGACCUCAGAUAGAAGUUAAAUGGUUUAUUUUGAGCAAUUAUUUAAAGAUUAAAAGCCUAAUUCCGUUUAAGAAUUAUAUUUUUAAAGUCUUCUUCGAUUGGAUCCUCAUAUAGCAAGAUAAUAGCCAUAAUUAGAUGAAACAAUUUAGAGUAUAAAUGAGUUAAUACACUUAUAUUUUGAAUAGCAUAUAGAGAAAUUGCAAGAGAUGAUUUUGAUUGAGAAAGAAAUAAAAAUUAUGAGAGAUUUGGAAGAAUUAUAAGUAAGUUAAGAAACUACAUAAAUUUCAAAUGCUUCGAUUGAAAUUGAAUAAUAGAAAGAUACGGAGAUUGAAAAAUAUAAUAUGGAAGAAGUAUGUAAUAUAAUCAAAAGGAAAUAUUACAGAUAAAAGUAGUAACCUAAUUGCGAAUUUUGUUUUUGUGCAAAUUAAUUAUAUUAUAAGUAAAUAGUAGAAUGUCAUAUAUGUGAAAAACAUUAUCAUGUGAAUUGUUUGGAUAGAAGUUAUGAUGAAAGAUAGGUUAAAAAUUUUACAUGUCCAAGAUGUACAUUAUAUCAUAUGGAUUAAUUCUUUGAAAUAAUAUCAGUCAUAAUUGAACCAUUUUCAUUUAAGAAAACUGGUUUAACUAGCACAAAAACUGUUAAAUUUAAAGCAGAUACAAAUAAGCUAGAUAUUAGAUGUAUAAGAAUGGAUUGUCCAUUAUCAGCAGAAGAAAUUACAUGGCCAGAUUUAGGAGAAUUAUACAUAAACAAUAAGAAAAUAGCUGAAUUUAUUCCUUUGGCUUAAUAAAGUUGUUAACAUAAACGUAAAGAUGAAAAAUUGAUAUGUACAGUUCCAUAAAAUGAAGAAUGUUCAUUAAUGAUAAAAGAAACCAUACCAGGUCUGGAAUAGAAACGAUAAUAUAGAAUUAAAAGUGAAUAGUUGCAUUAUAUAGCUGCUUAUAAGACUAAGUAAUAUUCAGCUAAAUAAUUAAUUGAAAAGAUUGUUUCCUGUAGUGAAAAUUGGAUGAGUGUAGAAUAAGCAUAAGAUUUUAUUAUACUACAGAUGAAUUAAAUUUCAUCAACAGGUAUUAAGUAAAUUAAAUAAACUAUUUCUUUAUUAUGUUGUUUAAGUUCAACAUUUAUGAAUACUCCUGUAAGAGGAAUUUAUUGCAAUCAUAUUUAAUGUUUCUCGUUAGAGAAUUAUUUAUUGAUGCUUGAAUUAUCUAAUCCAAGAAAAUGGAGAUGUCCCAUUUGUAAAGCUAAAUUAUUCAAAUUACAAAUUGAUGCUUUAUAAUAUACUAUUUUGUAGACUAUUAGAUAAUAUAAUUUAUUAGAGAGAUAACAUUUCUAAAUAUUUAGAUUUUCAUAUUUUACCAGAAUAUGCUAAAAAUAACAAAAAUAGAAUUUUGCAAUUAGAAAUUUUAAGCAAUUAAAGGUAGAGAGAUGA